AUGUUCCUCCAGAACCUCGUGCAGAAGGCGCAGUCACUCAUCGAUCCUGCUGUACUCCCCGGUCCCUUGGGUAAUUCGAGUUCUGGCAGACCAUCAAAAGCACAACUCUUCCGCCACCAGUUUCGCCUGCCAGACUCGCAGAACCCGCUCUACGAGAUCACAGCCGAGCUUACACUACCUACCAAGAAGCGGGACAAGUCGGCUCCGUCAAAGAACUGGGACAAGAGCAAUUGGGACAGAGAGCGAGGGACACACUAUGUCGGUCAACUACACUUAAGCGAGCAGUUCCUCUGCUUCUCCACCGUUCAGACAUCCUUCGUUAACACCGCCAGCACCAGUGCAAGCAGCACUUUCACGGGCAGGACGCAUGGCACCGGCCCAGCUGGUAAUGGCUUCACACUGCCACUAUGCGCUGUGCGGCGCGUGGAGAGGCUGCACACCCAGAGCUACAUGUUUGCUCUGUCGAUAGCGACAUGGAACGGCUUCGAACCAGGCAACGGCGACGACAAGCCAGGUGCUCCGGCUCCGCCGAAACUCACGGUUCAGCUUGAAGGCAGCAGACAACAAUGCGAGCGCUUCUGCGAUGGUCUUAAGAGAGGUCUCAGACAGGGCAUCAAGGAAGUGGACAAUAUGAGGACUGUCGCGCAAGAGUGCUGUUCUGAAUACUUCCUUUACGACGAGUUUGAGGCAACCCCAGCGGAGAACAAGCCUGAUGGGACCCCACGGGCAGCACCAGAUACCGGUCUUGGGACCAUCUUCAAGUACCCCGGCAAUGCAAGAAGACUGCGAGACCGGAGCAAGAUGAGGCUAUGGCACGAAUACUUGAAAGAGAACGGGCGCAACACAACGCUAGUGCGACAGCCGGACUUCCAUCGGCUGAUACGAGUUGGUCUGCCCAAUCUGCUGCGAGGGGAGAUUUGGGAGUUGACCUCUGGGUCGUUCUACCUACGUCUGCAGAAGCCAAAGCUGUACCAGGAGACCCUCGCAAAGCACGAAGGCCAAGGCUCGCUCGCCAUUGACGAGAUCGAGAAGGAUCUCAAUCGAAGUCUGCCGGAAUAUGCUGGCUUCCAGAGUGAAGAGGGCAUUGGCCGCCUUCGACGAGUAUUGACCGCCUACAGUUGGACUAACGCCGAGGUCGGAUAUUGCCAGGCCAUGAACAUCGUCGUGGCAGCAUUGCUGAUCUAUCUCUCCGAGACACAAGCUUUCUAUCUUCUUUCGAUACUUUGUGACCGCUUGCUCCCGGGCUACUACUCUACCACCAUGUACGGCACCUUACUCGACCAACGAGUAUUCGAAAGCCUGGUCGAAAAGACCAUGCCAAUAAUAUGGGACCAUCUCGUCAAGAAUGACGUACAGCUUAGUGUUGUCAGUCUUCCGUGGUUCUUGAGCCUGUACAUCAACAGCAUGCCACUUAUAUUUGCGUUCCGGGUACUGGAUGUAUUCUUCUUGGAAGGCCCAAAGGUCCUCUUUCAGGUCGGUCUAGCCAUAUUGCGGGUCAAUGGCGAGGAGCUUCUCGAUGCCACGGAUGAUGGAACCUUUAUUUCUGUUCUGAAGAACUAUUUUGCUCGUCUUGGUGAAUCGGCUCAUCCUAAGAGUGAGAACCCGAAGCACCGAGCGAUCACUAACUUCCAGGCGCUCAUGGUAGUUGCCUUCAAGGAAUUCGAGGGUAUCACCCAGCAUACCAUCUCUGAACAGCGCUCCAAGCAUAAAGCAGCUGUAUUGGACAACAUUGAGUCCUUCGCCAAGCGGACAUCAAUUCGAAACCUUGGACCUGAAAGCAAGAAGCUUUCGACUAAUGACCUCGGAUUCCUGUACGAUCGAUUCUACACCGUCUUGUACGAGCGACAGCAACGAGCACAGUACAUCCAAGCAGAAACGGACAGGAAGGCCAGGCAAGCAAAGCUGAAAGCCACCGAGCUUGCCACUGGAGUACCUGGCAACGCACCCGAGAUGGGCAGAAUUGGCCUUGCCGGCAGUGCCACAGCUAUGGAUUACGAUGCAUUCCGUGAGUUUCUGGCUGGCAUUGCGAAGUGGGCUAUAACGGAUUCGCCCUCAUCGCCGAGCAAAGAGAAUGCAAGCGGCCCUGGCGGAUACUUUGCAAACACCUUACGUGGAAUGAAGAACAUGAAUCUCUCACCGUGGGGAGCAGGACCGGAGCCAGCUGAGCAUGAGUUCCUACUUCGGCUGUUCAAGAAGUGUGAUCGAGAUGACAAUGGCUUUUUGACCUUACAGAACGUUGUCUACGGGCUGGCACCCGUCAAAGGGAAUCGCGACAUCAUGUCUUCCAUAUCGUACUUCUUCGAGCUGUACGACGACGAUGACGAUGGCAAAGUGGAUCGCGAGGGUAUACUACGCAUCUCGGAAGCACUACUAUUCUUGUCAAGACGAGGUGUUGAGAGCGGCGCCGCCGAGGUUCUCCAAGACGGUAUACCUUUAUCAAAAGACGAGCAGUUCCUGUCGGCAGUCUCUGCCUUCAUCAGGAGGUGCUUCGAAUAUGCUGAUCCAGAUCACUCGUCGAGACAAGGCGAGAAGGAAAUCACAGACGGACUUGAUAAGGUCGACAUCAGUGGGGAGAAGGAAGACGAUCUUCUGGAUCUUGAUGGCGACAAAGAGCUCAAGCCGACGGACGAUAACCCACUAGGAACAGACGGUGCCGCUUCCUCGUCAGCCCAAGACGACAGCAUACUUUCACGCCCAAGCACGAACACCUUUGGACAAAGCUCAAAACACGUGGAGGCGAAUGCCGCACUGGAUCCUUCAAGCCCAGUGCACAUCACCUUACCGACCUUCCGCAUGCUCAUUCUGGCCGACGAGACCCUCGAAUCCUUCUUUGAUUCAGGCUUCGCGAAUUCCUUCCAUCUUGCUGAUGCACCUCUUCCAUCAUCAACGCUGACCUCGCCAUCAUUCCUCGGCCUACAUAGCGCACCGCCAGGUUCAGGCGCACCCAUACCACAACUCAGCGAGGGCAGCGCUAUGGUCGGAGGAUCUGCAGCAGGCGUCGUUGCGCCGGGCAAGGGUCUGCGAGGUAUGCUGGACAACAUCGUUACCGACGGUAUGCGUGUCGCGCAAGAAGUCAAGAGGCGUAUGGACGAAGCACAGAAGGAGCUUGAUCGAGGCGCAUCUACCAGAGGCACCGGGGAUGACGACGAAGACGAUGACGGCGAGGACCAUGGCAGGGAUGAUCUCCUCGAUGCCGCCGAAGCUGAUGCUGGUGUGACGGAGAAGCAGAGUACGGACUCUACGCUCAAGACAGACAGUGGCAAGGGCAAGGAAAUGGAUCUGCUGGGUGAAGGUAUCACGGCGGAGCCAAAAGCGUCUGCUUCGAGCGCGGCGAGCGUGAAGAGUACGGAUGCGGAUGUGGAGAAGAGUACCAUGUUUGAACGAUAG